CCGAGCUGCCACUCUUUGGGUGUGCGGCGUGUGGUUCCUGUUGUGAGCUUCAGCCGGUGUCUGACAGCCUGGCGGGGAACGAACAGAAGGAAAAUGGAAUCGUGUAGCUCAGACAUCAGUGAAAUUUAAAAGCCACACUCACGGUGGAAGCAUGAAGCUCGCCGCGGUGGCUUUUUACGGUUUGGCCGCGGGGCUGCUGGCGGUCGGCCUGCGAGAGUUGCUGACAGGCUUCGAGGAGAACAGAUGCAGUAUGACCUAUAUGUUUGAAUACCCGGAGUAUCGGCGUGUGGCGCUGCCUCGCCGUGUGGCCAGACUGUACCCGGCCUACGGGCUCUACCUGUACGGAGAGGGUGUCUACGCCCAGGAGACCCGAGCACUCAAACUCACCGGCGCCCCUGUGCUUUUCCUGCCUGGAAAUGCCGGAAGUUAUAAACAAGCUCGAUCUCUGGGCUCAGUCGCUUUGAGGAAGGCUGAAACCAUGGAGGGAGGUCUCCACUUCAACGUGUUCACUGUGGACUUCAACGAGGAGCUGGUGGCGCUUUACGGCGGCAGUUUGCUCAGGCAGACGCAUUUCCUGCACGAGAGCAUCAAAGCCAUCCUGAGGCUGUACAAGCACCUGAAGACCCCACCUCAGAGCGUUGUGCUCGUCGGUCACUCCAUGGGAGGAGUGGUGGCCCGGGCACUGUUCACUUUGCCUCGUUUCAACACUAACCUGGUCAGCCUCAUCAUCACCCAGGCCUCCCCUCACCUGGCUCCAGUGCUGGCCCUGGACCCGUACCUGCUGGAUUUCUACUCUGCAGUCAGACAGAAGUGGGUUAACCAGGCAAACAAGCUCAGGAAUGUCACAGUUUUGUCCGUCGGGGGUGGUUAUCGUGACUACCAGGUCCGCUCCGGCCUCACUUCCCUGCCGUGUCCUCCAGGAGACCCGAACAAGCUGUCACUGGUGGUGACUGCAGUUCCCAGGACGUGGGUGUCUACUGAUCAUCUGUCCAUUGUCUGGUGCAAGGAGCUUGUUCUUGCCACUGUCAGGGCGUUCUUUGAUCUUAUCGAUCCUGAAACCAGACAGUUCACAGAAAACUCUGAGAAGAAGUUAGCUGUGCUGAACCAUCAUUUCAUUAAACAUCCCGUGAGGUUGCCUGGAGAAACUCAAGAGACACCAGUCUCCAUUUCAGAUCUUCCUGAUGCAUGGAGUGAAGUUAACACACUUCGUCUGGCUUACAGCACACCAAAGGAAGGACAACCCAAGUUCUUCCUGUUUGCCCUGUCGAGUCGCAGGAAAGCCUACAGCCAUUUCUACUGCCGGAGCAACAACCUGGAGAUGACCAGCUGGGUGUACGGCUGUUUGCAAAAGAAUGGCUCAUCAUGUGUGUUUGCAGCGGAUCUGUCUAAGGGAACUGAGCUUUUGCCUCCCUACAAGGUCCUGACUCUGAGGCUCAGUGACUUGUCGUCUUUUACUCAUCUGUUUGUCUCGGCCUCAAACCUCAAUGGCAAGCAGUUCACGGUGGAGUGUGAGUGGCAAAGAGAAGAAUCUCAGACUCUGUCUGUCGCAGUGCCGCAUGUCCUGUCCUUCGGUUUGACCUCGAGUGACGUUACGGUUAACUCCUCUGGACUUCUUCACACCAUCAAGCUGCAACACUUUCACCAGGUCUAUCAGGCUUUCAGAAUUAAUGUUGCAAGCCAGUGCAAAGUGCAGAAAGACAGAUUGCCGAGCGUGUACAGGAUAAAGGUGCCAUGGUUUCGAGAGGACUCUUUAACCACGGUCAGCGUGCCAUCAGUGACGGAGAUCUCAGGGAUGCUCCACACAAGCCGUCCAGACAACACCUCAGGUGCACUCCUGCAGCUCCACACUGCCCCCAACUGCCAGUAUAAGGUCUCCAUAAGAACUUCGUUACCCAGGGUGCUCGGACAGAUACUGAGGUUCUGUGGUCACAUGGUACCAGUGUACACAGCUGUAACCCUCCUUCUGGCCUGUGGGGGGCAGGUGUCCUCCAUCCUGAAGUCAAGGCGAGCUGCAGACAUGAGUCAGAUGGUGGGCAAAGGCCUGCAGCCCCACAAAGUCAACCUGCCUGUGUAUAUUCUGCACAUCGCACUCAGCUGUAGCUGCUUUCAGGAGGUCUGGUCCAUGCUUUUCCUCCCCUCUAUGGACACACUCCCUCCAACCUUCCCUGAUGUGGCAUUUCAUGAAGAGGAGACACCAGGUGAAGAAUGGGUUCACCUCCUCUCCCCUCUGCUGUAUAUUUUUGGGGCAGCUGUGGCGUACUGGGGCAGCACUCUACUCAGACUUGUUAUCCGGCUGAUCUCGUUGGUCUUGGCUCCAUUGCACAGGCCGUCUGUCUCCAGAGACUGUGGCACCCUGCGGCUGCGAACCCAGCUCCUCAUCACGCUGUGUCUGACUGUUAUGGGCGGGACUUCCUGUGGGGCGUUGUCGAUAUUUGCCUCGUUCCUGUUCCACCUUUAUAGGGUUCUGAGGCUGCAGAUGACAGAAAGAUAUUUGAGACACAUGUUGAAUCUGGCUCCCCGGAAGCACAAAGAAGCUGAGAAUGGCACAAUCGAUCCCGAAUGCUUGAGCAGGUCUAAAGAAAGCAACGGCACCCCCUUGCUGUCGGAGUGCGCCCUGCAGGAGGUGAGGGAUGACCUGCAGCUCCACCUCUGCCUGUCGGCGCUUUUCACUCUGCCCGUCAUGCUCAGCGGUCCCUCGCUCAUCCACUGGAUCCGUAACCUGAGGUAUUCCACCCAGCUGAAUCCCGACCCUUGCUGGCCAUACAUCGUGCCUCUAAUUUUUGUCUACAUGCUGCUUAUUAACUGUAACACUUUAAAGCUCAGCAACAGUAAACUGCUGCCUCUGACCUCCUGCCUCCCUCUCCCCUUGGCCAUCAUCAUGGUGACUUUCUCUCCUCUUCACCUCUACAGAAUCACCUACUUCCUGUUGGCGUCACUCAUCCCGCUGGCCUUGUGCUGUCUCCUCUGACAGCACCGGGCUGGUUUCAGUCUCCAUCUCCACCAUAACAUGCCUCUUCUUAAGUCGCAGCCUGACUCUCUGAGGCUGGUUGAGGACUUUCUGUACCGGGCUGCUAUGGAGCGGAGCCAUAGACAUACAUAGCCUGGUUAACUUCCUGCUCACUGUUAGCACUAAAGGCUCCGUGGUGAUUACACAGGGUGUUUUAAAAAGAGAGGGUGUAAUGGCCUCAGAGCAUUUGGUGCAAAUAAGGCUCUGUUGGAUUGUCCUGAAACCAUGUUUGCCUUACUCUGUAUAUCUAUAGCUCUGCCUUCAGGGAGCGCCAGCUCCACAACCAGUGAAGCUUCUGAUAUGAGAGACUGUGGAAAGGGUGUUACUGUUAUAACAUGAUGUUGUUUCUGGUGUCAACAGUGGCGUUGUUCACUGUGGUCACUGUGCUGUAUACUCUUACACUGCCUACUGCUUAGCAACGACUUACAGCUCUAACUGUUACCUGCUCACUGUCGUAGUACCUCCUCUAAACCAGAGGCAGAGUAUUACAUUUCUUCCGUUAGAGAAAUCCAAAGCAGGCGUGUUUAUGUUCUCACCUAUUUGAUGCACAAUAUUGACGGUGGCUGCAAAAUGAAGGGUUGCACUGAGGAAGGCUUGUGUACACGUGCAGGUUUGGGGGCGUCUUGUUAUCCAGAGAAAGUCUGAAUCUCCAUGAUCUCUACUACACCUGAUCAAUAAGAAACAUUCUACUUCCUGUUUAUUUGAUUUUAAAAAGUUUAGCUGCAAUUCAGGGAAGGGUACAGCAGGGGGAGCUCAUGAGAUAGUGUAAGAAACUAAACAAACUAAAAGAAUUUUCACCAGAUUUUCAAACAUAUGGCGGAUCAAAACUGCUAAAAUAAUAAAUAGUAAAUCUGUAACUGAAUUAAAAUUAUAUCAGAUGCCUAAAACAAAUAUUCAUUAAUUUAUAACAAAGUAAAUAGAAAUUUCUAUUUUAAUUUCCCAUAUCUUAUUUUUUUCCAAUUCCCUGUUACCCUUUUAUGCCUGAUGGGGUGUUGCUGUCACACCAUGGGGCAAGCGGGCAAUGUGGGCACCCAAGUUUGUGAAUACGAAAUCAAGUUCGAAGUUCGAAAUCUCAGUGAGCUCAAACUCGAGGUCAGAAGUCAACUAUUCUACAUAUCACCUAGGCAUUCAUUAUUAUAUUUUGCUUUAAUUUUGGCAGUUUCAGUGCCCUGUAGAACAAAUUUAUCCGUGCACAUGUCAGACUUUUUAGGGGCUUUUGCUUUUUAAAAAAAAAAAAAAUAUUACAUGUCAUUUUGAGAAGGAAGUGAGCACUUUAAAGGCAUUGCUGUAAAACGUGUUCAGAAAUCUCUAUGUGCCAAACUCGCUGUAAUCCUGUUGAUGGGUUAAAAGUAAGUUAGACCAAAAUGCCAAGGAAUUUGAGAGAUGAAUGCUAAGCAGAAAUAAAUUAGCGUUUUAAGGUGGAACAAAUCAUAAAUAUUUCAUUAUGGGCAUACAAUCACAUGUUCAUUCUAUAUCAGGUGUGGUUGUUGGUGUUUUGAGGUGAAGGCAGUGUGUUGUUUCUGUGUACGUUCUCUGUGAUAUCCGGACCUUGAAUCCUGGGAUUGGAAGUAGAAUUUGCUUUUUGCUGGUGUUGUGUUGAGUUUAGUAUUUAUCUUAUGUUUGAGUGUUGGUUGAAGUUUUCAUUUCAUAUUUGAAACGUUGAAAAAACA